CCAAAAAAGAAGAAGAAAGAGCGGCUUGAAAUUCCGUGUACUAAGAUUCUCCACAAACCUCACCUUCAGCUUCCAUUAGUCUUAAUUGUUGUCACAGCCUGUGGCAUCCAAGCGCUUUGCUUACAGUUAAUAUCAACGCACACUAUUCUUUGCCUCCGCAUCUGGUAACUCCGCCGGUGAGAAGAGUCCAAAAAGAGCAGGACUCCCAGAUGGGUUUGACCCGAGUUCUGGGCUGACCCAUCAGGAUUCCAUGGAUUUGAGCGAUGAGGGCUAAUAAGAGAGAAGAACUGAUGGAUUUGAUCUUCAGUGAGGAGGAAUUUGAACGAUUCUACGAUACUCGUGAGGAGAUCUCCUCUGUGUCUGACUGGGGAUCUGAUUGCUCUGAGAUUUGUAGUACAAGUUUUGGGGAUGAUAAGGAUGUUCUUGAAAAUUUAAGCUAUAGGGGAUGGAUGAGAGACCUGGAAACUGUUUAUGAGCGCAGAGACAAGUUCUUCAAAUGGAUGGGUUUGGAUUUGGAUCAAAAUUUUGGAAUCAGAGAUGAAGAGGAAGGUGAUUCGUGUCGAAGGGUUCAUCGGGACAGAAUUCGGGAAGAUCGUGGAACGGUGUUGAGACUUUCCGGUUCUGUUGGGGAGUUCUCUUCAAGUCUUACAAUGUCUUCCAUGUUAAAUGAGGCUCCUGAAUCAUCAGGAAAUGUUGCUGUGGAGGAGAAUUGUACUAUUAGGAAUUUGGACAAUGGGACUGAGUUUAUUGUGGAUAGUUUCAAUGAAGAUGGAGCGUUGAGCGUGUUACGGGAAGUUGGUUCGAACCGAUCCUUUAGUUUUGAUGAGUUCGAGAGAAACAUUGGGCAGUCUCCCUUGGUUCGGAAACUCUUUCGGAAAAACGUUGAAAAGGUUGGACCUAUAGUCAAUGCCAGGAAAGAAGCGAAGAUGGGUUGGCUGAGAAAAUUGGGUACGGUUGCUUGUAUAGUCGACAAUGGGGAGGGUGCAACGAAGAGCAGUGUUUUCAAUUCUUCGUCUAAGACGGGGAUACAACAAGUUCGUGUUCAUCCAUAUAAAAAGAACUCCAAGGAAUUAUCAUCCCUUUUUGUAGGACAAGAAUUCGACGCACAUAAAGGGUCGAUUUCUACAAUGAAGUUCAGUUUUGAUGGACGAUACUUGGCUACUGCUGGUGAAGAUGGCAUUGUGCGUGUAUGGCAAGUGAGUGAGGACGUGAAAUUCGAUAAUUUCGACAUUCACGAUGUUGAUCCAUCCUCUUUAUACUUCUCAAUGAAUCACUCGUCCAAAUUAGAACCCUUGGAUGUGCCAAAUGAGACUGUAGGCAAGGCGAAAGUGAAGAGAUCAUCAAGCACGGCAUGUGUAAUUUUCCCACCAAAGCUAUUUAGAAUAUUGGAGAAACCUCUGCACGAGUUCUCGGGACACGGUGGCGAGAUCUUGGAUCUAUCUUGGUCAAAGAAAGGGCUUCUGCUAUCAUCUUCUGUCGAUAAGACAGUACGUCUUUGGCAGCUGGGACGUGACACGUGCCUAAGAGUUUACUGUCAUAAUAACUAUGUAACGUGUGUUAGUUUCAACCCUCAAGAUGAAAAUCACUUCAUAAGUGGCUCGAUCGAUGGUAAAGUUCGGAUCUGGGAAGUUCUUGCUUGUCAAGUGGUUGAUUAUAUUGAUAUCCGUGAGAUUGUAAGCGCGGUCUGUUACAGACCGGAUGGAAAGGGAGGAAUCGUGGGAUCCAUGACCGGAAACUGCCAUUUCUAUAACAUUAUAGAUAAUCGAUUGGAGCUCGAUGCUCAGAUAUGCUUAAACGGGAAAAAGAAGUCGCCCGGGAACAGAAUAAUUGGCUUUGAGUUUUCGCCUAGCGACCCGAGCAAACUAAUGGUUUGUUCUGUCGAUUCACCGGUUCAUAUAAUUUCUGAGGGCGACGUCAUUUGCAAAUUCAAGGGUCUUAGAAAUGGUGGAAACAAGAUGUCUGCUUCUUUUACAUCUGAUGGAAAGCAUAUUGUUUCAGCCAGUGAAGAAAAUGUCUAUGUUUGGAACUAUAAUUGUAAGGACAAAGCAUCUCGGAAAAAGAAAAUUUGGUCGUCCGAAAGUUUCUUCUCUCGUAGCGCGGCAAUAGCCAUACCUUGGUCUGGUGUGAAAAUCACGCCCGAACCGCCUUUGUCCCCGACACAAGUUUGCAACACAGCAGGAAGUAUCCUCGAAAUGGAGCCGAAGUAUCCCGAUGACAAUGGUGAUAGAGAACACAAGGUUCCAUCAUCUUCACCGGAUUGCUUCUCUCUAAGUCGCACGCUAUUUCCCGAGUUGCUCAAAGGAACUGCAACUUGGCCAGAGGAAAAACUCCAUGAUUCUAGCUCAAUAACCACCCCUUCCCCUUCAAUGUGCAAGACUGAGUUCAAGCUUUUGAAGAAUGCUUGCCAGAGCAUGCUUAGCUCUCCGCAUAUGUGGGGUCUCGUGAUCGUAACCGCUGGAUGGGACGGACGAAUCAGAACAUUUCUCAACUACGGUUUGCCUAUUCGGUUAUGACUCAAUUCUCUUGAACCACUUAGUUAAGGGGAGUUCAUGAAUCAUGAACCACCCUCAAUAUAUCGUUCCGACCUGACUGAACCAUCUUGUUUCUAUGAUUUAGUUAAACAUCCCGUGCAGGUCUUCGAUAUUAUCGGUAUAGUACAGGUUUAAUUAUAUGAUUACAUGAUUCUUUUAUUUGUGAAGGCUGUGGGAGCCUGGUUUCAGGAAAUAGAAAGAAGAAAAUAGGUAUUAGGUACUCAAAAGGGGCAAUGGUCCUUCCAUUAUAUGUGUAUAAUAGAGGCAUCUAUCUGGUGGGGCUUUUGGCUCUUGCUGUCGCUAAAUUUGGAUAUCUGUGAGUUUAUAUUUCCAUUCAAUGAAGGAAAUUGAUUGUCCUUGGCUUUGAUUAUGA